AUGCCUGUUGAAACCCACAUUCUAACGUCAUCGACCGAAAGGAGAAGAAAAGACAAGGUUCACAUAAAGUCUUACGUGGACUCCGGUCCCGUGCCACCGAAUCCACCGCAAACAAAUCUUUUGAAGAACUCGGGAGCGCAUGGGUCCCCAGAUUCCCCGAUCAACCUUGAAAAUAUCCUGAGUCAGGCUGUGUUUGGUAAAGAACUCGUUCAUGAUCGAACGCCGCCCAGGCUAGCCAACCUUGACCGAAUCCUGAAGCAAACCAUUGCGUCGGUUGAAGCGAGACAACCUCGUACGACUCUUGUUGAUGCAGAGACUGUAAGAAAUAUUCUGCAUCCGAUGCCAGGAGGCAACCCAGCCAGCUUUCGACAACCGGUGUCCGCUCGUGGUACCCCUCUUGUUCCUAAUCCGCAGCCAGACAACAGAGCCCGGCUUCUCUUGAUUCCGGCUGUGUCCUCGCACAGGACGGAACAAUCUGAAUCGAAUUUUGUUCACAUAGCAACUCGAAGAGAAAAACACCCAGUCAAUUCAGUUAGUACUCUCACUGAGGAACAGAUGCAACUUCAAUCCUUCAAAAAGAGUCAAACGGAUAAAAAUUCUGAGGAAUUAGCUUCGCGUCAAAAAGAUAUUGUAAUAGAAACUGUUAGUAAUCCUCAACGCAUCAAUGAUCUCAAAGGUCAACCUUCAAGUAGUUGUAAUGGUCAAUUUGCAAGACUCGAAUUUACCUAUGAGGUUCUGAAAUCAGAAAACCUGUUACCUGAAGAUAAAGAGAUAAUUGGCAAGAUUCGGGCACUGAAUCCCAAUGAGAAGAAGAAAAUCAUCCUCUAUGAAAACAACUACAAACCUAGUGAUUUAGAAAUGCGGCACGCAAGAGCAAAAAGCGCACUAUCAAAGCCUUCUCGUUUUUCUCGACCUAAAAAGUCCGAUAAACCUCGUACCCUCCCAGACAAAUCCAGGGAUUCUCCAAAGCAUUGUAGGCCUGAUGAAUCUUCUUCCGGGCCAACUCCGUCAGAGUUGUCCGACAGUUGGUACUCCGAGGCGUCUUCCACCGAAGACAACCCUAUGCCUGCCCCCUGUAACCCCCCUUGUGACAGUCCACCUCCGCCGCAAAGUCUUGCCCGUACAUUCAAUUCUAUCUUUCCUCCAGGCCGUGAGAUUUAUGUCGAGCAGCCGCAAGUGGCUCUCAAAGCGACCCAAAAAUACGAGUUGGAUCCAUCUAGCUGCCAGGUUGCCGGCAGCACAUCUCUUGUCCCCAUAUAUUUCCAUUCGGAAAAGGAGUGGACCCUUGAAAGAUGGGCGAAAUUCACAGGGCAAGAGUAUAAACCUGAGCCCGAACCCUUGCCUAAUGCAAUCCCUGGACCCAAUCCAGAAGACAACUCGCCGGUGUGGAUUCCUGCACCCAGGUUGACCGGUCCGAAUGGAUGGGACGCACGACUCAGAGGAAUUUGGGAGAGAUUUAUUGCUCCGCUCGAAGAGCCUCGGGUCCAAACACCCUGA